AUGUCCUUCAUUUCGAUAUUAACCUACUUCAUCGGGGGUUAUACUACCCUCGUUAUCUCGCUAUACAUGCUCUCCGCCGUCGUUCCCGCAGCAGGGUUUGCUGCUCGUACCCUCGCCGCUUACAUCUCUCUCAUAAUAUGCGCCAUCUACGGAGCUCUAGCAUCUAUAGUCCUAAGAAUACUCGGCCGCGAACAAAUUGCGCAAUGGACAACAGCUCGUGCCUUCAAGUAUGUUAUGGCCCUUACGACCGGUAUCACCUUCGAAGUUAUCGACCCGAAGCGACAUCUCGAAACCGUUCGACCCGCCGUAUUUAUCGGAAACCACCAAACCGAGUUGGAUGUCCUCAUGCUUGGAUGCAUGUUCCCUAAAUACUGCAGUGUGACUGCGAAAAAGGUGCUGAAGAAUGUGCCAUUCUUGGGAUGGUUCAUGUCGCUAAGCGGCACUAUCUUCAUCGAUAGGAAGAACUCGAAAGAUGCAAGGGAAGCUAUGGCUGGAGCCGCCAGGGAAAUCCAGAAGAAAAAGCAAAGCGUCUAUAUGUUUCCCGAGGGCACACGCAGUUACGCGAAGGAACCCGAUCUACUUCCUUUCAAGAAGGGUGCUUUCCAUCUUGCUGUCCAGGCUGGUGUACCAAUCGUUCCGGUAGUAGCAGCCAACUAUUCGCACGUACUUUACCCCAAGGGUCUUGUAUUCAAAGCCGGAAAGAUCCCUGUGAAAGUCCUCGACCCAAUACCUACCGCCGGAUUAAAACCUGAGGACGUCGAUGAGCUAACGCGCAAUACUCGUGACCUUAUGCUUAAAGAGGUGGUCGCGUUAACCCAGAAAGUCCGAAACAAGCCCGUUGCCGUGCCUGCUACGAGUGGCGAUGGCGUCGUGCAUGCUAGCGGAGCUGACGCCACAUUAUCGUGA